AUGGGAACUUCGCCGACCGACGCCUCGACCGGGGGUGACACCAAAUCGCCCAAACAGUCAAACAAUGCCACUCCUCCUCGUCAAGACACUGCUCCCGAAGUAAAGCAACCUGACCCGAGUUUGAAGCCCGAUGCCGACGGCGCGAAACCUCUUGGACCUCCCCCACGACCCGGACAAGCUACAGGAAACACUCCCGAUUACUUUGGCGGCGUAGCAGCUGCAUCCCUCAGUCUGGAGCCCAAUCCCUUCGAGCAGUCUUUCGGCGGCGGAGCGCCAGAGACACCCGGUGGCACAAAAUUGCCAUCUGUAGCCGCUUUGACAUCUCCAUCCUCGCUGCUUCCUGGCAGCGGUGCUACACCAUUCAACUGGGGAGGAGGCUCGCUUCGAACGGGCCCCCUGAGUCCAGCUAUGCUGUCCGGCCCUACAAGUGACUACUUCAGCGAUACGCAUCAUCUCCGAGGCGGGUUCCCUACACCGAACGAGUCUUCAUUGAGGACGGGCUUGACACCCGGAGGCAGUGGAUCUAUGUUCCCAGCCCCUAGUCCCAACUCUCAGCAAUUGUUCGCCCAGCUUGCCAGUGGUGGUGCUACGCCCAGUACGAUUGACUUCCAUCGUACGGCUUUGAGUGCUGCGGCGAAGCGUGAAACCCAGAACCAGAACCAAAACCAGCCUCAGAACCAGCAGCAACAGCCUGCUUCUUCGGUCACUUCUCAGCCGCAGGAGAUGGCCAACGGUGUCGCAGUUGUCAAAACCGAAGCAAAGCAGCCCGGUGCCUUCGACCCCCACGAUAACGACGCGGCGAACGGUCUGUUCAUGCUUGCUCAGGGUAGAAACGGAGCGCAGCCACCGGGAUACGCCCCCGCGACGCAGGCUCAGUCACAUCCGCAACCUCCGCCAGCGCCCGCCCAAAGUGUCGAGACUUCUCCCCAAAUGGGCAGCGUAAACGGUGCGGGAUCUGCCGGUGCUGGAUCUUCUGUAAGAGGCGUAAGCGAAGGUGGAAGCGCCGCCUCGGACGAGAGCGAGCAGGCUCGACCUUCUACCCGUGGCAAGGGCAAGCGUAAUUCGACCGGUGGUGGCGCGGUUACCAAUGGCCGCAGGAAGGCUGAAGAACCUCCAGCAAAGGCACCCCCAAGCAAGAAGGCCAAGACCAACCUGUCGCCUCCUCCUGACAUGAAUGGUGAUGAAAGCCACUCAGACGACGAUGAUGAUAUGAAGAAGCAUGACGACAAGGAAGGCGGCUCCAAGUCAAAGAUGACAGAUGAGGAGAAGCGGAAGAACUUCUUGGAGCGUAACAGAGUCGCCGCCUUGAAGUGUCGCCAGCGCAAGAAGCAGUGGCUGGCUAAUCUCCAGUCCAAGGUUGAGCUGUUCAGCAGCGAGAACGAUGCGUUGACAGCACAAAUAACGCAGCUCCGCGAGGAAGUUGUUAACCUGAAGACGCUGCUUUUGGCACACAAGGACUGUCCUGUCACCCAGCAACAGGGCCUCCACGGCGCGUUCAUGCAACAGGCCAUGGAGCCCUUCAACCCCCAGAUGAACCCGUACGGCAUGGGUGCGCCUAUCCCCCAGCAGCAAGUUUUGGCAGCCGGACAGGGCGUCCAGCGACGUUUCUCAUGA